AUGGCCCUCCGCCAGAGCUUCCAGGCGCUGCGCUCGGUCACAGCACGUCGUGCACUUCUCCGCAACUUCAGUGUCGCUCCGCACGCCGCCGACAAGUUCGAGUUCCCGCAGGAGCACGAAGGUCUCAACAUUGAGUUCAACUGGUCGCUGGCUGACGAUGACGUGACGCCGCACGGUGACGCUUUCCGCAACCUCAGCUGGCCCAAGCUCGAGGAGCUCGCCAAGCAGGAGAAGCCCGCUGGCAAGAAGGUGGCGAUCGAGGAGGUGGACGUGAGCAUCGUGUUCAACGACUUCGAGGGUCUGUACGAGAAGGUGACGGAGCACCUGUCCACUGAGCCCAAUCUGUACACGCAGGACGGAGCUGCUGGUUCUUUCCAGGACGACCGUACACGUGUGCGUGUCAUUUCGGACUCUCCUGUGGUGGCUCUGUUCGCCCAGAGUCUGUUGGUGCGUGUUCCCAUCAAAGACCCUCAUGCUGCUCGCCCCAUUGUCGUCUACGUGGCAACCGGCGGUGAAUUCAAGGACAAGGACCCUCAAGCUCAACUGCUCAUGGAUAAUGACGACGAAGGUGCCACAUUUGUCAAGGUUGUGAUCACGGGAGCCGCAGACUUGUCGACCAUUAAGGAUUCUAUUGGUCUGGCCAAGAAGAAGCUGCUGGAUGUGGCUGAGUCCGGGUCUCUGGUGGUUCCUGCUGACGUUCUGGUCAAGGACAACAAGACUGCGCUUGUAUUCAACGCUACGGGCGCUGGGCGCGCUGCUGCCAUCAACAACGGCCAGCUCUACAGUGCUCACUUGAGCAUCUGGAACCCUCUGGGUGUGACGUCCCUCUUUGGUGGUGCGAUCGUGGACGCUGCCAGUAAGGUGACUAAGAAGCACGUGCUUGCUGUGGAAGAUGGCUUGGCUGUGAACGUGCCGUGCAACAACCUGGUGGAGCACCCGAAGGCUGCUGUCUUCGUGGACAAGGCAGCCAAGGGCGUCAAGUCCAUUUCCUCCGCAGAAGCCGCAGCGCUGCUAAAGAAGGUGGACUCUGACGUUGAUGUGGAGAAGUUCGAGGCUCUGCUCAAGAAGGCUAACACUAAGAGCUUUGUCGUGUCUAGCGACGCCGAGGUGGAUGCUGCCCUGGCGAAGCAGAACAAGUAG